AUGUGGGAAAACAACUCAGCUAUUUUAUUUAGAGAAAGCUUGCAAUCAUUAGAAACCCAAACUAAACUUAAUCAAUUGAUUAAUUCUCCCACUCCAUUAUCGAAAGAAGGAAUAAGUGGGUUUGCAUCUGAAUUUCAAAAUAUUAUUUUACAUGCAGCUACAAAAUCACUUAGAAUCAAGAAGACAAAAUAUAGACAUAAGAUUACCAAUAUUUGUAAUAAGAAAUGGUUUGAUAAAGAAUGUAGACUUAAACGUCACAGCGUCAGAAAAUUAGCUAAUCAAAAACACAGAGAUCCGUUAAAUAAUGAAAUACGAAAUGAAUAUCACAAUGCUCUUAGGAUUUACAAAGACACUUUGAAGCACAAAAAAGAAUUAUUCCAUGAAAACAAACUGAAUGAAUUGGAAAGAGCUUCUGAAACAGAUUCAAGUUUAUUCUGGAACACUCUAAAAAAUAUGAGUGAUAGCUAUGAUGACUUUUCCUCUAGUUCACCUGAUAUAACUACCCAAAAUUGGUUUUCCCAUUUUAAACAGCUACAUGCAAAACAUAAUCUAGGUACUGAACAAGAAAAUAUUUUACAACAACUAGAUAUGCUCAAGAACAACAAAAAAGAAAAUAAUUUUCUUGAUAACCCUAUUUCUGAAAGCGACAUUCUUAAUGCAGCCAAGAAAUUAAAAAACCGAAAAUCAGCAUACUCAGAUAAGAUAAAAAAUGAAAUGAUCAAAUCGAGUGUAGAAAUUCUCCUUCAUGGUUACUAUAAAUUAUUUAAUCUCAUCUUAGAAUUUGGAAGUUUUCCAGACCAAUGGUGUGAAGGCCUAAUAACACCCAUCUUUAAAUCUGGAGAUAAGAAUGACACCAAUAACUACAGAGGAAUUUGUGUCACAAGUUGUCUGAGCAAAUUCUUCUGCAUAAUUCUUAAUGAACGCCUAAAUGGCUAUGCUCAAGAAAAUGACCUGGUCCACCCAUCCCAAAUUGGAUUUCAAUCUGGUCACAGAACUGCUGACCAUAUCUUCACUUUAAAAACACUUUUUGAUAAACACAUGAGCACAAACAGAAACGACAAAGUUUAUGCGUGCUUUGUGGAUUUUAAAAAAGCGUUCGACUCAGUAUGGCAUGAAGGCCUAUUUUUUAAACUCCUUGAAAACAAAAUUGAUGGAAGUUUCUUUAGACUAAUUAAAAGCCUCUAUGCAAAUUCGAAAUGUGCAGUCAAGCUAUCUAAAUCAAGAACAGAAUUCUUUUCAUACUCUAGGGGUGUACGCCAAGGAUGUGUACUAAGCCCAAUUCUGUUUAAUUUAUACAUUAAUGAGCUAGCAACAAUAUUUGAAAAUACUAACUCAGACCCAUUUAUCCUUCCAAACGGCACUAAACUGAGUUGUCUUCUAUAUGCUGACGACUUAAUAAUAUUAUCAAAAUCAAGAUUUGGACUUCAAAAAUGCCUUGAUGAACUUCAAAACUGGUGUAAUAAAUGGCUGAUGGAGGUAAACCUCAAGAAAACAAAAAUCAUGAUCUUCAAAAAAGGGAAUCCAAAAAUGAUUAAACCAAAUUUUAUGCUAAAUACCAAAAAUGUCGAAAUAGUAAAUGAAUAUUGCUAUUUAGGUAUCAAAUUAAAUUCAAAUGGCACUUUCACACUGGCUCAAAAACAACUGAGCGAAAAAGCACUACACGCAUUAGGCAGCAUACGAAGACACCUCAACCUACAUUACCUUAAUCCUAAAUUAGCUAUCAAGAUAUUUGAAAGCAUAAUAUCACCCAUACUCCUAUACAACUCAGAGAUAUGGGGUGCUUAUCUCAAAAAUGAUUUCAACAAAUGGGAUAAGUCACCAACUGAGAAGGCCCACCUACGGUUCUGUAAAUUAUACGUAGGUGUAGGGAAAAAAGCUAGCAAUAUGGCUUCGAGAGGAGAACUAGGAAAAUUCCCUCUACAAAUUAGUAUAUACAAACGAUUAUUCAACUAUAUAGCACACUUGAAUUCAUUACCUGAAACAGCAAUUGCAAAACAAGCUUUCUUAAUAUCAAAAGACCUAUACUCGAAUAAUAAAAUGUCCUUUUAUAAAAAUGCUAUGGAUAAUUUAAAACACUACAAAUGCCACUCGCAAAUAGUGGAUUUAGAAUCAAUAUCUGCUCAAUCAUUAAAUUCUAUCAGUGACACUGUUAACAACGUUACAUUACAUUCUGGAAACACCAAAUUGAACACUCGUCCAAAUUAUAUUUCUACUCGACUUUCAAAAAGGAAUACCAAUUAG